UCCAGACUGGUCCCUGAAAGCAUCGUGCGUACAGAUGCCUGCUGGUUGCCAUGGUGAAUGAUGCUGAUCUGAAGAAAUGAAUAAUGUGAGCGUUGGGGGCGACAGUGGGAUUACUCAGACAGUGGCGAGAGAGGCAUCAAGGAGAGCCCAGAGCAGAGGAGGCGAGAAGGCUCCAUUCCUUCAGCUUUGGUCCACUCUGUCUCUGCCUCUGCAGACUGCGUUCUAACCAGACCCACCGCGAGCAUCAGAAUCAGGAUGAACAUCGAGGUUGGGAACGUUUCUUAUACAGGAGCCAUCAUUUCCUGGUCAUCCUCAGAGCCCUGCUUGGAGGACUAUUACCAUAUUAUGUACAGGCCCAACUGGAACAGCAUCUUCUCCGGCUAUCUUCGCUACAGCUUCCAUCACGAGGAGAAAGUGCCUCGAACAAUCAGCUCUGUGGUGCUGGAACACCUCGCCCCUUCUACGCUCUACUUCCUGUGUAUCAGCUGCAAGAAGGCUGCCUUCCCCUAUAGGCACUACUGCACCAUGUUCCAUACCCUGGAUAAGAGCCCACUGGCUGCUGGAAGUUCCCUUGUAGACCCCCAAAUCUCCCUGUGGGUGUUGAUGGCCAUUCUGCUGGCUUGCUUCACAGCCGUCUUAGCUUUCAUUUGCCUCCAGUUCUGGUGCAUCCGUUGUCAUGAGCCUCGAUGGUCCUACAGAGCCGGCCACAUGGAGGAAGCCAAUGGGUUGGUGCGAUGGCCAGAGGAGGCCCCGGCUCUUGGUCAGAGAGAGGAAGACCUGCAGGGGCUCCCCCUGGUGGAAAUGCCACGCAAGAACUCCGGAGCUGAAGCCGAACCAGAAGCUGAAGGUGAAGCCGACCAGGAUGAUGCAGCUGACGAGGACGCGGCCAAUCAGGAUGUCCCUGAUGUGGGUGCCUUACUGAGGGGCGGUGGUGAUCAUCCUGCCAUACUGCCUCAUUUUAGGGAGUGAGAGGUAGUAUGGAGGAGGCAACCUAUACUGUGUAGCUUAAAGCCCUCCAUAUAGUAGAUCUUUGGUAAAAAUGUGUCUCUAGACUACUCAUUGGCUUCCCCUCAACUGUCUGUGCUCUUGUGGAUCACACUGGUUGGAUGAAUGUCCUGUGACAAAGCUUCUCAAGCUAAAAAGCAUAUACCCCCAGGGUAUGCCAAAGGAGAAACAUGGCAUCUCUUAGGAGUGUCCAUUUAGGGGAGCCCAGUUAGGAACUAAAAACAUUACUUUAACGUUAAGACAAACAUGAAUAUAUUAUGGCAAAGAAAGCAAAAUUUGCAUGGCUUAAUAAAAUACAAUACUUGGAGGAAACUUUUGAGUUGAAGAUGGGCUCUGCAGGUUAUGCUUCCAAUCAGCUGAGGCAGAUGUCUAGUCUCCUCUGCUCUUGGGGAAGGGGGUUAUUUUGGAAACGUUGAGAAGCCUUGCUCUAGAGUGUUUUCCAGCUUUCAGGCAACCACAUACCACCUCAUACCCCACCUCCAUUUUGUUUAAACCAUAGACUAUCUUUACUAUUAUUAACAAUAUUUUUCUUUAAAUGGACUCAUUUUUAAAACUUAAACUUACUUUAAAAGAUAGGCUUAUAUGACUCCAUAAAUUAAAACCAGCACCUUCCUGCUCUAAGUAUUAGCGACAUAGGAAUAAAUAUAAUAAAAACAAAAUCAUAUUAAGUUUGACUUAGAUCCUAUUGCUUACUAAAAACUCUGAACUUAAGGUCUGCUCUCUUAGCUUUGACAAAAAGGAAAAUGGGAAAGCAGAAGGUAUUGAAGGCAUAUUAGCAUCAAUGUAAAAAUGUGUCUUUCUCCAAUUAUAAUUACAAGGCUUGAAAGAGAUUUGAAAGGGAGGUGUUGUUCUUACUUUGUGAGUCAGUGUUUUUCAGUGACACAUCUGUGAAUUAUUCAAAAUGCUGGCUCUGAGUGUCCUGUGAUUUGAGAAAGUUGCCUUGAGCAGACUGGUUGUCCUACCAGAGGACACCUGCACUGUCCCAGCAUCAACCUAAGACCUUCUAAGCCCAGCAUUAGGCCCAAGUGAUGGGAGCUCACUGAUUCACACUUCCCAAUCUUGGGCUCCUCAACCUUUUCUCAUAUGUAUUCAGUCAGUUCUUCUUCAAAGUGUAUCUGUGCUUACUUUUUGAAAAUCGGGUCAAAGGUGGCCAUUUCUAGUCCAUCACAAAGAAAAAUGUUGGUUUUGUUAUUGUUGGCAAGUUUUACUCUUGCAGUGGCAUUCUUCCCUUUCAAACCUACAGGGUAAGAAAGGCAUCUCCUAUAUACAUCACAUGUUGGUGAGACUUUGUGAACACUGCCCCCGUCCCCACCAUGGGUGUAGAAAUUUGUGGAGGGUAAUGAUGUCUGCUUUAAUCUCUGAUAUAUCCCUAGCAUGCAGAAUCUAGCCCAAUGUCUGGCCUACUGUGGGCACUUAAUAAAUGUCUGUUUAAUGAAUGACAAAGGACUGAAAGUCUAGAACAGGGCUCCCUCUGGGAGGCCUGGUUAGUGUCAGGAUGUGUAUUAUGAACAAAGCAGCAAAGUGAUGGGAGAUGACCUGCUUCUUGACUCUAGCUCCAAAAAUCUGGGAUUUCUUUCAAAACUCCACCUUCCCAAUUGCUUCCUGUCUGCAAAUUCCUCACCUUUCUGGAACCCAAAUCCCAGAAUCACAGGACCAUAUUGCAGUGAAUCAACUGAGCAACAGGAGACAGGAUGAAGACGAGAAGCCCCACAUACCUACUUUUCCGCUCACCUCAGUGAAGUUGCCCCCAAAUAAUUCCCACCCAGGAACCACUCCCCUACCAGGUCUGCACUCACCCUCACCCUUGCUAGUUGUGCACAA